UUCACCCCCACUGACACUGAUAGGCAGGUGAUCACUAAUCAGUUCUCAUACUCUUAAGUAUUUUCUCCACAUUAUUCUGCCCACUUGUAUUGUACUAUGACAGAUCAGCCGCCUUCUGCAGAGUCCGUCGAAGGAAAUGGAGCCUGCCGUGCAGCUGCGGCCGCGGUACGUCGUCUUCGACCUCUCGCCCGGCGCGGGCCUCCGGCGCUUCAUCCCUCCCGCUCCGGCCGCGGAGCACGCCGGCGUCCCGCUCCGCACCGUGGCGCUGGGCCUGGAGGCGCUUCGCAGGGCACGGUUUUCUCGCGCCGACGGCCUCGCCGCCGCUCACCGGCCGCCAGCGCAACAACUUGUUGCUGGCACGGCGCCUGCGAUGAGCAGCUGCGACGAUCAUGCUCGCAUCAGCGGCGACCCCGACACCGUGUCGGACGCGGGCACGUCGGGUGUUCAUCAUCAGGCCGCCGAGGAGUCCGAGGACGACGAGGCGGGGAGCUUGGACGAUGAGGGUUUCUUCGAAGAGGGCUUGGCGAGGAAGGUUCACGCGUUGGCGGCGAUGGUGGGGAUGAAGGGCAGCGCCUACGAGCCCGCGGCCGUGCUGGGUGAAGUUGUCAGGCUGCUCCAGGCGGCCGGGAGGAACGACUGUUCUGUACGUGCAACGACGGCUGUUUGA